AUGACUAGUGCUCCCACACAGCAGCAGCUAGCAGCUAGACAGUCUCUCGCAAAGGAAUUACCUCGAUUCUCCGGUGACCCCUCAGAGUGGCCGAUCUUCAUUUCGAAUUACCACUACACAACUGAAGCUUGCGGUUUUUCGCAAGCUGAAAACAUGCUUCGUCUACAACGAUGCUUGACUGGCCCAGCUUUAGACACGGUUCGAAGUCGGUUGGUGUUGCCAGCGGCGGUUCCUCAAGUAAUGGAGACACUGCGAAUGCGCUUUGGAAGACCGGAGUUACUGAUAAAAGCUCUACUGGAUAAGGUUCGCGAUAUUCCAGCGCCUAAAUCCGAUAAACUGGAAGGACUCAUUGAAUUUGGAAUGGCAGUGCAGACCUUAUGUGACCAUAUCGAAGCAGCGAAUGAACGCGCUCAUUUAUCGAAUCCGUCCUUAUUACAGGAACUCGUGGAGAAGCUUCCCCCGGAACAACGAAUGACGUGGGCGAAGUACAAACGAGAUUUCGAAUGCGUCGAUCUGAAAAUCUUCGGCGAUUAUAUGGCUUCUGUGGUACAGGAUGCGAUUAGUGUGGUUAGCUUGGAGUCGAUGAACAGGAAGCAAAAUGCGCGCGACCGUCCAAAGAUGAAAGGAUUUGUGAACGCUCAUGCGGCUGGUGGCCCAGCUAGUUCGGAAGAAGCCUGGAAUGAAUCACGGGGAUCAUUCAAAUCACUCACCUGCCUGAACUGCAACAAGAGUGGACACCGUGUGCGUGAUUGCGAUGCGUUCAAGGAAUUAUCGGUCGAUAAUCGCUGGAGGAGAAUUCGCACAUUACAGCUGUGCCAGAAUUGCCUUUUUAAUCAUGGGCGACGAGCAUGUCGGAUACGUAAAACGUGUGAUUUCGAAGGAUGUUCAUUCCGCCACCAUCCACUCCUCCACUCUACUAGGGGUCCUCCACAGCCAUCGAGGAUACAAAUAGCCGAAACCCAUACACAUCGUCACUCUACUUCAUCUGCGUUGUUUCGGAUCAUUCCAGUAACGCUGUACGGAAAGCGCGGAUCGAUCAAUACAUUCGCAUUCCUGGAUGAGGGAUCGGACAUGACGCUGGUGGAGAACGAUGUGGCUACGUCGCUUGGUGUAAGCGGAACUCCCCGUCCUUUGUGCCUGCGAUGCACUGGUGAUACCUCACGAAUGGAAAAGGGCUCGCAGCAGAUUACCAUCGAAAUUGCUGGGACUGGACAGAGCCAGCGACACAAAUUAGUCAACGCAAGGACCGUCGACAAUCUUGGACUUCCUUGCCAAAGUUUCCAAAUAGAGGAAGCUGUAAAAUUACAUCCGCAUCUAACGGGCAUCCCUAUCGACAGCUAUUGGAAUGCUAAGCCUAAGAUUCUCAUAGGCGUUGACAACUUACGGCUAGCACUCCCACUCAAAAUACGAGAAGGCAACAGCGCGGCUCCAGUGGCGGUAAAAACUAGGCUAGGCUGGUGCGUCUACGGCCCACGAGGAAGUGGUAAUCGUGAGUCUUACAACUUCCACGUUAGUAAAUGUGGCUGCGACGAGGAGCUCCAUGGAACAGUAAAACAAUUCUUUGAUACCGAAAACGUUGGAAUUGGUCCGACGGGGACUCUCCUUACGGAACAGGAGCAACGAGCGCUGACGGUAAUGGAAACUACUACUCGACGUGUGGCAGACCGGUUCGAGACGGGAUUGGUAUGGAAAGAGGAUCAGGUGGAAUUCCCAGAUAGUUAUCCCAUGGCCGUGCGACGUCUAGAAUGCUUGGAACGCCGAAUGAAUCGCGACCCGGAGUUGAAGGAGAACCUUCAUCGUCAAAUACGCGAAUACGAGGCGAAAGGUUACGCGCACAAAGCUGCGGCAGCGGAACUUGAAUCCGCUAACCACAGGAGGAAAUGGUAUUUACCAGUAGGAGCAGUGACAAACCCCAAGAAACCGGGGAAGACCCGCAUUGUGUGGGAUGCGGCCGCGAAGGUAAAAGGCGUAUCCCUGAAUAGCACACUGUUGAAGGGCCCAGAUCAACUUUCCUCGUUACCAGGUGUUCUAUUACGCUUUCGAUUGUACAGGGUGGCAAUAAGCUCAGAUGUUCAGGAGAUGUUCCACCAGAUCAGAAUUAGAAAUGCAGAUAAGAUAUCUCAGCUGUUCUUAUGGCGCAGCGAUCCGUCCGAGAAGCCUGCGGUCUACAUGAUGGAUGUCGCUAUAUUCGGAAGCACCUCCUCGCCAGCCUCGGCGCAAUUCGUAAAGAAUCGAAACGCUGAACAACAUUCGUAA